AUGACAGCCCGUGUGCCUAUUACAGUCGACAAGUUCUUGGAACUUUCUCAACUGUACGAGGAAAAAGAUCUUGUCUUGUCUGUCGUUGGCUGUGCGUAUCUCAUAAAAGCAAAGAAAAAUCACUGUGGCAACUCCGCUCACAAGGAUACCGCGGAAAUUGGCAAGAUGUAUUUGCAGGGUCUGUACGACAUUCUGUGCGCAGACAGCAAGUCCAGUCCGGAUGGAGGAAUUGAAUUCAACCAAAUCCUUGACGAAUUGGUUAAAUACUUUCUAUGCAAGAGUAAACACCACGACUCGGAGAACGUCUCCCAAGCCAAAAGCCAAUGGCUAAAAGAGCUUUCUACCUUUGACAAAAGGUCUCAACUGCGUGAAAAGCUGGAGAUUUAUUUCCCCAAGAAUGCGGAUGCGAAUACAACCCCCAAACCUGAACGCGCUACUGCAAAUUUGCCUCAAUCGUUACCCUCAACACCACCAUCCCAAACAAUAUCGGAUUUCAAGCCAUACAGUCAAAAAACACCACAGAACCAAACAGGGGAUGAAGAUAUAGCAAUUCGGCUAUAUAUAAAGCUGAGAACCCCCCUUACGGAAGAGGAGAGAGAACCUGGAUGCCUCUAUUUGAUCGCUCAUACUCGAGAACAGAAUAUGUUCAAAGUGGGAAUUACCACAACCCCCGAUAAACGGCUGAAACAGCACGAAAAGUGCUAUGGAAACAUUAAGACUGUGGCAAAGGAACGUAUCGAGUUUGUCCAUCGGAUUGAACAAGUUAUAUUGCUCGAACUUGAUCGAGAACGCUGCAAGUUGAAGAAUCAAUGCAUCAAAUGUGGUACAUGUCAUGGGGAAUGGGUCUUUGGUAGCAAGGACAAGAUAAAGAAGGUCUUUGAUAAAUGGGUCGAAUUUGCUCGGAGUGGUGAAAGCCCCUAUGACAAGCAGGGUGCAUUGAAGAAGGGUUGGCCAUUACCGCCACCCACCGCGAUAGUCACUUAUCACCCUAAGGCUGCAAAGGGGUCACGUCGAAAAUCAGAUAUGGGCCCAAAGAAACCAUUGGAAAGAUCAUUGUUCCCCGAAUUCAUGGAAAAGGCUCCAGGCCGACACUCAGAUGUGGGCUCGUCGCAACAUUCAUCACAGUAUCUGUUCGAUUCUGAUAGGUCUGAUAUGAGUGCCAUCAACGAAAGGGUUGCUUCGCUCACUGUCAAAGGUGAAAACCAAGUCCGCGACGAUGCUGGUAGCGAAUUGGACUAA